CAGCAAGUACUUGUUCCUUGGAGUACUAGUACUAGCAUCCUGAGCAUGUUUACAUGUUGUGUGGGACCGAAGUCUGCAGCAUGAACUUUCGCGCAAGAAGAGCAACCUUGCCAGCCAUCACUCCUCUUUGUCUGCACAAGCGGGUGAUUAAAAUUUAUCAUGAAGAUAACUCCAGCAGAGCGGUGGAGGUGCCCAGCGACAUUGUCGCCCGAGAUAUUUGUCAGCUGUUUGCCUCCAAGAGUCUCUGCAUGGAUGAACAAUGCCUGACCCUCUACGAGCACCUCACCCCCCUGGGCAUGGAGCGGAUCAUUGAGGACCAUGAAUCCAUCAUGGAGGUGACAUCCUGCUGGGGGAUGAACGCAGACAAUCGGCUGCAUUUCAGGAGGAAUUACUCCAAAUACGAGUUCUUCAGGAAUCCUCUGGACUUCUUCCCUGACCACAUGGUGUCCAUACCUGCUGAAAGCAACAGAGCGAUGGAUCACUCUCAGCUUGUUCAGAUGUUUGUCAGCUCCAGCACCUGCCCGGAGAUCCAUGGACACCUCCACAGUAAAGACGUAAGCAGGAAGUCCUGGAAGAAGUUCUACUUCAUCCUGCGGCGAUCGGGGCUUUACGUCUCCAAUAAAGGGACUUCCAAGGAGCCGUGGCAUCUGCAGUUGAUCGCUGACUUCAGCGAAUGCAACAUCUUCACCAUCUUCACCGCCAAGAAGCUUCACGGAGCUCCAACUGACUUCGGCUUCUGCUUGAAGUCCAUGACAUGCGGUUCAUCGCGGGACAUGAAAGUCCUGUGUGCAGAUGAUGAACAAAGCAGAACGUGUUGGAUCACGGCCAUGCGCUUGUUUAAGUAUGGGAUCCAACUGUACCACAACUUUCUGCUGCCACCUCAAAAACAAAAACCUUCCCCCAUGAGGAGCAUCUCUGAGAACUCGCUGGUGGCCAUGGACUUCUCGGGCCAAGGGAGUCGUGUGAUUGAGAACCCGUGUGAGGUUCUGUCCGUGGCUGUGGAGGAAGGCCUGGCAUGGCGGAGGAAAAGCUGGCAACGUCUGAGCGCACACGGAAGCCCGUCUGCAUCCCACACCUUUCUCGCCACUCCAGCUGUCCAUCUAGCUCAGCCGUGGUUCUAUGGAAAACUGUCACGGGAUGAAGCCCAGCGUCUCAUCGCUCAGCAGGGUCCUGUUGACGGAUUAUUUCUGGUGAGGGAAAGUCAAAGCAAACCCAAUUCGUUUGUGCUGUCACUCUGCCACACACACAAAGCCAAACACUUCCAAAUCGUACCCGUGGAAGAUGGAGGUGUCUUCUUCUACAGCCUUGAUGAUGCUCAGACGCGCUUUGCAGACUUGACCCAACUGGUGGACUUUUAUCAGCUAAACCGUGGUGUGCUGCCCUGCACGCUCAAACAGCACUGCACCAGGACCACCCUGUGAGGACCACCAUGUGAGGACCGCCAGGACCACCCUGUGACCCUGACGGGCCCACAAUAACGUUCUUGUAGUUUCUGGACCAUCUUCUUAUAUUAUCAAAUGAAUGCCAUGGUUUUUCUACUUCCAGCCAUCGUUUGUGAACGUAUGAGCGACAAAUGACGAAGUUUAUUUGUCAUGCUAAUGUUGGAUUUGUUACCACAGGUUAGCAACAAAGUAAGAAUUCAUUAUCCUAAUGAAUACAGAGCGUAAACCUUCUAUCUUGAACACAGAUCAUUGACAUUAUUUGGAAAUCUAACAAAAUACGACAUCUGAAAAUGUCACCAAAAUGUCGGUUUUAGCAUUUUUAAAUAUGAUGAUGAUGAAAGAAUGAUGGCUAAACGGCUUAAAAGUCAACAAAACAUAUGUCAGCAUUUGAAAACUAUUAAAAAGGAAACAUCAGCCAUGGAUGACAGAUAAGAAAUAUAAAUAAUACCAAUAUAGAAUAUAAUUUCACACACCGUAAAUAAUCUAUACAGCAUAUAUUUGUAUAAUUAUACAAAUAUAGCCAUGAAUGAUAGAUGAGAAAUAUAAAUAAUACCAAUAUAGA